ACCAACUCUAAAUACACAUUAAAUCUCGAUGUAUACAAGGUCUCAUUUUGGUAGGCAUAGCCACUGUCAGUGAUUUGAACAUCAUGAGCUCUGUUGUGGAGAAAUCUGCUUUGAUGAUCUGUGGAGACUACAUGGAAGACUACGAAGUGAUGGUUCCUUCUGUUCUGCAAGCCUUUGGAGUUAGAGUUGAUUGUGUCUCUCCCAAUAAGUUUCCCGGUGACAAAUGCCUAACUGCCAUCCAUGAUUUCGUAGGAUUUCAGCUCUACUCAGAGUUUCCGGGCCAUUUAUUUACACUGAAUUCGAACUUCGAUAAAGUGAAGGUCGAAUGCUACGACGCCCUGAUUAUUCCCGGAGGCCGGUUCACCGAGCUUCUCAGCGUCGACGACAACGUCUUGAGUAUAGUCAAAGGGUUUGCUGAUGCAGGGAAGCCUAUUGCUACGAGUUGCCACAGCCAACUACUUUUGGCGGCUGCGGGGCUUUUGAAACGCAGGAUAUGCACUGCGUUUGCAAGCAUGAAACCGGUGAUUGAACUGGCCGGUGGUAUUUGGUGGGAGCAACCGGGAAUUACAUCGGCUUUUGACAUUACCGCUUGUCUCAAAGACGGAAACAUAUUGAGCUCAAUCGGAUGGCCGGCCUAUGCUGAAUUUCUCAAAGCUUUGUUUGAAUCCAUGGGAGCCCGAGUUCAUGCAACCAAGGCUAACUCAGUGCUUUUCCUAUGGGGGGACUUCGUAGAAGAUUACGAAUUCAAUGUCCCGUUCCGUGCACUCCAAGCAUUAGGCUGCAAGGUCGAUACGGUUACCCUGAGCAAGAAGAAGGGAGAAACAUGUGUCGCAGCGAUCCACGACAACGAAGGAGCCCAAGUUUUCAGCGAGAAACGUGGUCAUAACUUGUUCAUCACAGCCGAUUGGAGUGAUAUCAGAGUUUGUGACUACGAUUGCCUCGUCCUGCCGGGCGGGAGGUCUCCUGAGUUGCUGGUAAUGAACGACAAAGCGGUCGAUUUAGUGAAGGAAUUCGCCGAGAAAAACAGGGUGGUUGCCGGGAUCGGGCAAGGUCAAUGGCUGCUAGCUGCUGCAGGUGUUCUGAAGGGGAAGAGAUGUGCAAGUGGGCAUGGAACGAAGGUAAUGGUGAAGAUGAGUGGAGGGGAAGUGGAAGAAUCUGAAGGGUGUGUUGAUGGGAGGCUGGUGACUGCCGUUGGAUGGUCUGCCCUUCCUUCCUUCAUAUCUGAAUUAUCAAAACUUCUGGGUUUAUCUUUUGAGUUUUAAAUGUGAAAAAGUUUGAGCCUUUAUGAAGGUGUCCAGCAUAAAAAGAGGUGUACGCACUGAGCCCUAUGAAUGAAGUUUUUUCUUUCUUUGUUUCAA